CCUGUCCAGCUGCUCCUGUCCAUCAAACAGCUCUAAACAAGAUGGCAGCUCCUCGGCACUGGGCUCUCUGUCUCGCAGUGUGUGUUGCCAGCUUCUCUGUGGCCCAAGCUACCAAGAACGCCCCCGUUGGCCAGUUCUUUGUCUACGAGCUUCAGAGAGAGGUCUACCAGGCUGACUUCCACCCUGUCAACAAAAUCUACGGGCAGGUUCCCAAUGACCCCAUAGUGUUUAAGUGUAAUAAGCAGUUCUCCCCCGACCUCCCGGGGUGGCUGCGCUACACCCAGAGGCAUGCCUAUGACAACGGCUUCCUGUACGGGACGCCCAUGGACGAGGACAAGGGCAAAAACAUCAUCGAGAUAAUCGCCAUCAACAGACAGUCUUCGGAAACCUUUGAGGACUUUGUGAUCAUCAAUGUGGUUCCACGAGUCAAGCUGACACCCUUUCAGGCAGAGUUCUUCCUCCCGCGAAGGGAAAUUGAGACAGUGCUGCCCUCUAGUGUUCAGUAUGAGAUAAAGCAGGAUGUACAGAAGAUGUGGGGUGUGGACGAUCUGGAAUUUGUCAACAUCACGUCGGCCCUUGACCAAGGUGGCCGGGUGCCACUGCCCCUCCCUGGGUAUUUUGAGGGCGUGUACGUGAAGCUGGGCUCUGAGGCCUACUUCUCUCCGUGCCUGCAGGGGGCGCUGUCCCCACAGCAUGGGCUUGAGUGUGAGGCCCUGAGCAGGCUCCCAGGCAAGCCCUUCUUGAAGGUGUCCACCGACUGCAGCAACUGCGCUGUGGCCAGCAACUGCAUGGAGUGGUGCCGCUCCACCCUGAUUGACUUGUCAAAGCCGACCCCUCCUCCACCCGCCCCUACUAUGGGUCCUGGUAUCCUGGAACCUGCUGGGGAGUUUGACCCCCCCGAGGACGUCUCUCCCCGUGACUUCUUCCCUGACUACAUCGUCACAGUGAUCUUCCCCUUUGCGCUGGCACUGAUCUUGCUCCUCCUUCUGUCCUACGUCAUGUGCUGCAGGAGGGAGGGCCUUGACAAGCGGGAUGCCAUGACACCUGAGCUGCAGCUGUACCACCACCACACUAUCGUGGGCAACACCAGUGAGCUGCGUGACAUGGCUGGUACCAGAGAGGGGGUGCCCCCGCCCCUCUCCACCCUACCCAUGUUCAGCACCCGCACAGGGCAGAGGGUGCCAGCCAUGCAGCGGGCAUACCAGCCCGACAGCAUCCCACUCAUCAUGGCCCAGCAAGAACCAAAUGUAGACACCCUGCCCAGGAAAUGAAGUCACAGGAAUUGACCAAAUGGGAAUUUAUGAAGGACAUGAUUUGCUGAGGUUUCUAAUAGAGUAGUGUUUCUAAUAGAGUAGUGUUUCUAAUAGAGUAGUGUUUUAAAUUCUGAUAUUAGAUGUGUGCUGGGCUUGACUGUAUGUAAUUUUUCCAUGAGUGAAAUUUAUUUUUUUUUCUACUUCUCAUGGAACCACACACUGAGCUUCACAACAACCAUAUUCUACAGAACCAAUGCAUUAUAGGGAAGAAACACCUGUGUUGUCAUUGUAUAUUUAAUAAAGAAUCACACUGCUAGUGAGUUUGAAUAUCUUUUUAGCACAUGCUGAUACCACACCCAAAGACUAAGACUAAAUGCUACUUGACUGGGUCUAGUCUACCUGUAAAGAAACACAAUCCCUUAGUUUGGGGCCUGGCAGUAACACACCCACACCAGGCUUCUUCUACUCAAGCCCCAUGUUUAUUCCAUGUCGGCAGUUU